GUAAUCUGAGUGCAUUGUAAUGAGAUUGUGCUAUUAAUUCCAUAUUUUCCUCUUUAAAAGACCAUGUACUCAUUUACAUUACAUGGGUUGCGUCCAUCUAUGUUCUGCUAUCCUUCCAGAUUAUCGUUUCAAUCCUUCCUCGAACACUUAGCAACCCGCCCUUGCAAAGGAAUGAAAACAUCUCUCGCCGUGUCUGGAACGUCACUCCUUUUUCUUUUGAUCCUUUUCACUCUAAACUACCAUUCACAUGCUGAUUUAAUUGGCAGCACCUGUAAGAAAAACGAGGAGUAUAUCGAUCUUUGCAUAUCAACUCUAAGAUCAGACCCUCGUAGCGCAGCUGCAGAUGUCGAAGGGCUUGCGCGCAUCAUGUUUGAUGCAACACUUGCUAAAGCGACUGCUACUCUCAACCAAAUAAAGGAUUUGUUGAAGAAGACAAGUGACCCGGUUCUAAGAGAAUACCUCAACGUUUGUGUCGAGCAGUAUGAUGAUGCUAUUGAAGAUAUCCCUGUAGCCAUCCAGAAUGUUGGCUCAAAUAACUUUGCAUCUAGAAUAAAAGCCGAUGAUGUUGUUGAUGAGGCUCGAAGUUGUGAGGAGAUAUUUAUUGACCUUCCAAAUAGAAAGCGUAAAUCACCUAUUACAGCGGAGAACGACAUGGUCAAAAAAUUGGUUAUGAUUGCUGCUGGAAUUGUAGCAUCUCUUGGCUGAUUUUCUCCUUUUUAUCCAAUUUCUGUCUUC